AUGAGUCGGCAUAGAAGAAGAAGAUCGGAGUCCUCCGACAGCGAUGAGAGCCAUGGCCGUCACCACCGCAAGAAGAGGAGGAUGUCAGCGGCGGAGGAGAAUAGAAUGAUUGCCGAGUACUUGGCCAAGAAGGCAGAGAAGAAGGCUUUGAAGCUAGAGAAGAAGAAGAAGACGGAGACAUUUGUAUGGAAAAAGAAGAUUGAGCGUGAUGUUUGCCAAGGCCGUAUUGACGACUCCUACUUUGCAGUUAAAGAUGAGGAAGAGAGGAGGGCAGAGAUCGAAAAGGUGCAGAGAAGAAGGGAAGAAAGGGCACGUCAAAGAGCACAACGUGAGGAGGAGAUGGAGCUCUUAGCAAGAGAACGUGCAAGGGCUGAGUUCCAAGAUUGGGAGAAGAAAGAAGAAGAGUUUAACUAUGAACAAAGCAGGAUCAAAUCGGAGAAGAGGUUGCGAGAAGGGCGUUUCAAGCCGAUUGAUCAUCUAGUUUUAAUGUCUAAGCAUCUCAAUGGUGGCUCUGAAUCUGAUGAUGAGUUUGAUCAGAUGGAGAUGGAUUUGAAGGAGCCUUACAUGCAUGCUUUCAAGGGCUUGGCAGUGGAGGGAUUGGAGGAGCUUCGGGCCGAUAUUCAAAUGAAUGUUGAUCAUUGUAACAGUGCUAUCCCAGAGCAAUCAGUGUUUUGGAAGUUUUGGAAGGCACUUCUGGUGGUUUGUGACUCGGAGCUAGUUGAGGCUCGGAGAAAGGAUGCAGCGGAUCGAGCUAGGGUUCGUGGAGAGGAACCUCCCGCGGAGCGAAAAGGGUUGCAUUCUAGUGUGGAAGCAGAUGUCAAGGCUGUUCUAGAUCAAUAUAGUACUUUUAGGGAGUUGGAAUUAUUGGAACACCAAACUGAGGAGAAGGUGAAUGGAGAAGACAAACUUACUGAAUUUUGGGAGGCUAUUCUUUCACAGCUUCCCUUAUUAAAGGCUAAGGCAUAUUUGAAAGAGCAGUAUGCUAAGAUUUUGGACAAGUAUCUGCAACGACUCGAACAAGAGGUGGUGGAUGGUGAAGACAACUUUGAUAUAGUCCCUGGCUCACGAGCUGACUCCAUGGAAGAAGAGGAGAGGGAAGAUGAGGCAGGCUCAUUUUCGCCACAAGCGUUCCAUGGAGAUGAAAAGGACCAAUUGAUUGAUGCUGAAGAGGACAGGGCUUUGCUCGAGAGGAAGCGCAUGGCUGUGAAACAAAGACGAAAUCAAGCAGCUGCCGCGACAGCGAAGCCUCCACAAGAAGACGACUUGGAGAUGAAGCAAGUGGCAAUGAGAGCCAUGGGAGACAAGAGGGAAGGAGAUGUGGUGUUCGGGUCCGAUAAUGAAGUGAACAUCAACCCAUCAGAGCUCACAUACAACUCAUUGAAUGACAAGUACCGGCCUAGAAAGCCGAAGUAUUACAACCGAUUUCACACAGGAUUUGAAUGGAACAAGUACAACCAGACUCACUAUGAUCAUGAUAAUCCGCCUCCAAAGGUUGUGCUAGGAUAUAAGUUCAACAUAUUCUAUCCUGACCUUAUUGACAGGACAAGGACUCCGAUUUAUCGCAUUGAGAAGGAUGAGGGUGUAGAUAACAAGAACAAUAACACUUGCAUUAUAAGGUUUAGUGUAGGGCCACCUUAUGAGGACAUUGCAUUCCGGAUAGUUAACAGAGAUUGGGAACUCUCUCACAAGAAGGGGUUCAAGUGCACAUUUGAGCGCGGCAUAUUGCAGCUUUACUUCAACUUCAAACGUUACCGAUACCGCAGGUGA